CCGGAAGUGGCUGUGGAAGCGGAGAAGGCGGGAGAAUAGAGCCGAGCGAGGGGUCUGAGGGAGGGAGCGAGCGAUGACGCCGGAGCGGUUGCCAGGACGGCGGCGCUGUCGAGCUAUUAUGGGAUGCGGCGGAAUGGCGCUGGGCGCGUGAUUUUGAACAAACACGGAACCGGGAGAAGGGAGAGGAGAAGGGAGACACGGAGGAGAGGGAGCGGAGACGGGCCAAAGCGGCUUUCCAGCUAUUCCGACCCUUGGAGCUGGAACUGAGCAAGCUUGGAAGGAAGGAAAGAAUUCAUGGCUGCUCCUGAAAAAGGAUGGUGCUGUACUAUGAUGCUACUGGAGGUGGUCUGAUGUGGAACAUAAUUUAAAAGGAUUUCAGUGAAUCAUCUGUGGCCUGCCACCAACACUAACAACAUGGAGGUGGUAUCGGCAGAAGUUAACAGCUUGCUCCCAGAAGAAAUCAUGGACACGGGUAUAACCCCAGAAGAUGAUGAGAACAUUGAGGCUGUAAUUGUGGGCGAGAGUAUUCCUAUGGAAAUGGAACUGGAAGGAGUGACAAAUGUAACCUUAGUUGGUGAUUCUACUACAGCUGCUACAUCAUCCCUUGCGACCGAGAUUGUCACAGUGCCCAGCAACUGUGUGAGCCUUGUCACUGGCAAUGCUCCUGUUGCAAAAACAGAAACGGGUGUGAGUGUACAACCUCCCUUUCAAAGUGGUCUCCAAAAACUGGGUACACAGACACCUGUCACUAUAUCAGCCAAUCAGAUCAUUUUAAACAAGGCAACGGACUUAACAAUUAGCAAACAGACUAUAAAACAGGAAGGACAAAAGCUCAUUGUAACAACUUUGGGGAAGCCUGGACAGCCAAUUGUUCUCACUCUGCCCCACAGCCAGCUCUCACAGUCUCAAAAAGCUACAUCACAGGUGCAAACAAGCGACUCAAAGGUCUCUGCACAGCAAUUCAAAGUGGUAACAAUUGCAGGACGGGCAGAGGUGCAGCCUGUCCUUGGCAUGUCAGCUUUGACUCCAGGGAGCCAGAUAGUAAAUGCUACCACCCAGUCCUCUGUAUUGCAGACACAACAGCUUAAAGCAGUGCAGAUUGCUAAGAAAACUAGGACACCAACCUCAGCCCCAGUAAUAACAAAGUUGAUCUUCACAAAACCCAUCAAUAGCAAAGCAGUUACAGGACAGACAACCCAAGUGUCACCUAUCAUUGCAGGUAGAGUUCUUUCUCACACUACUCCAGGAACACCCCCAAAGACUGUAACUAUUUCAGAAAGUGGAGUUAUUGGGACUUCUAUAAGCUCUGCUAUACAGCAGGCACCAAACAAGAUAGCAAUUUCUCCCUUGAAAUCCCCCAACAAGCAGCUAACAGUGGUGUCAGUCGCCUCACAACCUCCAAGCUCCCCACAGAAAACAGUCGGUGUCCCACUAAACGUUGCCUUGGGGCAGCAGAUUCUGGCAGUGCAGCAUUCAACACCAUCUUCUCCAGGAAAAGCUGUAGCAAACAGUACAACUGCUCAGGCUGUGAAAUCUGCAGUACAAACCCUGACUGUAGGUGGAGUGAGCACGUCUCAGUUUAAGACCAUCAUUCCCUUGGCAACAGCACCCAACGUCCAGCAGAUUCAGGUACCUGGAAGCAAAUUUCAUUACGUCCGACUUGUAACUGCCACAACAGCCAGCAGCUCUGCACAACCAGCCACUCAGAACCCCAGCACCAGCACAGCACCUCUUCAGCAAGCUAAGCCAAUGGUGGUGAAUGCAACCCCGGUGCGGAUGUCGGUCCCAAUAGUUCCAGCAACGCAGACAGUCAAACAGGUGGCACCUAAACCGAUUAAUACAACUUCACAGAUAGUGACCACAAGCCAGCCCCAGCAAAGACUCAUUAUGCCUGCCACGCCACUGCCACAGAUCCAACCAAACCUCACCAACCUUCCCCCAGGAACUGUCCUGGCCCCAGCUCCUGGUGCAGGAAAUGUGGGAUAUGCAGUUCUUCCGGCUCAAUAUGUCACACAGCUGCAGCAGUCAUCCUAUGUAUCCAUAGCAAGCAACGCCAGUCUUAGUGGGACAUCUAGUAUCCAGACCCAAGCCAGACUGCCAUUUAAUGGGGUAAUUCCUUCUGAAUCCGCAAAUCGUCCCAGAAAGCCAUGCAACUGUACAAAAUCACUGUGUCUUAAACUGUAUUGUGAUUGCUUUGCCAACGGCGAAUUCUGCAACAACUGCAACUGUGCAAAUUGUUACAACAACCUGGAUCAUGAAAAUGAUAGACAAAAAGCAAUCAAGGCUUGCCUUGAUAGAAACCCUGAAGCGUUCAAGCCGAAAAUAGGGAAGGGAAAAGAAGGUGAAUCAGACAGGCGGCACAGCAAAGGUUGCAACUGCAAGCGGUCUGGAUGCCUCAAAAACUAUUGUGAAUGUUACGAGGCGAAGAUUAUGUGUUCUUCAAUUUGUAAAUGCAUUGGCUGCAAGAACUUUGAGGAAAGUCCAGAGCGGAAGACAUUGAUGCAUUUAGCUGAUGCUGCGGAAGUACGAGUCCAGCAACAAACUGCCGCAAAAACAAAGCUAUCCUCGCAGAUUUCAGACCUACUGACAAGGCCAGCACCAGUGCUCACCAGUGGUGGGGGAAGGUUACCCUUUACCUUUGUGACGAAGGAGGUUGCCGAUGCGACGUGUGACUGCUUACUUGCACAGGCGGAACAGGCAGAGAAGGCAGGGCAGUCAAAGGCGGCAGCAGAACGAAUUAUUCUGGAAGAGUUUGGGCGUUGCCUGAUGAGAAUCAUUAACUCAGCAGGGAAGUCUAAAAGUGACCCUUGUGCCAUGAACUGCUAACUCUUGAAAAGGAGCUGAAGUCUAAACAGGACACUAAAAGGCACGUGGACACUUUGUUCUCAGCAGCCGUCUUCAUUCUUAACUCAGUGCUGCUUGGUUUUCAUUGGCGUAUGUUGAUAUAGAGCUUUGUAAUGACGAGUACCAUUGUAGCUUAACUUUCUUCUACUUAACAUCUGCAAUGUGUAUAUUUUUUUCCUCUGCCAUGUGUAUAUUUCUUUUCCUCACCCUCUAAACUAUACAGGACUAUGCAGAUUUGUGAAGGCUUCCCCCCUCUUUUGCUGUUAGAAAAUGUUAUUCUGAUAAUUCUUUAACUUAUUAUUUGACAUGUAUAGUAUUGAAUUUUGUAUAGAGAGGGGGGGGGGGCAGACAUUGCCAAGUCUAUUAGAAACAUCUCUUGAGCACACUUCCUUUAAAAUGACCAGUGGAUCUUGGACACUCAGCAACGCAAGAGCACAUUGAUAGUCCCUAGACAAGUUGGUGGUAAACAAAAGUAAAUAAAUAAAUAUUUGCAGAAAAGCAAUUUAGAAAGAGAUGCAAAUUUGCCUUGUUGGUUGAAGUUCUGACUUCAGUGGAAAUACUUGUGUUGAUUAAGAGUAGCACAUUACUGUAGCUAGCUAUGGAAAUAUAUAGAUAUAUGAAAAUCAAGGUCAAAAUAUGUGUCCUAUCUUCAGAUUGCCGUAAAACGAUUUUGGUAAGUUUUUUAAAAGUAAUAUAUCACUGUAGCACAUGGUCCAAAUUUUAACAAACUAUAUUCAUUUGGUUUUGGACAAAUGUUAAUGUAAGAGAAUUUUAACAUGACUCAAACACCCCUCAGCCCUCUGAAGGACCGGAGGCAAAUUUAUCUUGCUCUAACUACCAUUCAAUAAACAAAUUCUGGGUAAGUUCCUAAUCAUCCAAAUAUGUUCUAUUAUGGCAGUAUGAAUCCAGUUACAGUAACAGUACUGUAUAUAAUCUUAAAAUAGUCUUUACCUUGUGAACUUCCAAUGCAUAAAAUUAUCUCUACUGACUGGGAUGAAACUGAUCGUUUGCCCACCAAGACUCAGUCCUCUCUCCUAAAUUAGAUCACAUAUUAUUAAGCUCUUUUUGAAAGGAGAUCAUCCAAUUUAUGACAUUGAAGGAAUCCCCUUGGUACACUGAAAGUGACUUGUAGAAUCCCAUUGUCAGUGGGAAUGCAUAAACGUGAGUCAAGGAUUGUUUUCAUAUAUUUUUAAUGCUGAAUUGUUGAAGGCACAGUUCUCUAAAGAUGAGGUGUACAUUUGUAACUGUAAUAGUUGUGUAUAGAUUUGGCUAGAAUAAAAACACAGACCAUUAGAUGAUGCUAGUCCAUCCUAGAUCAUUUGAGACAAUUGAUUUCUGUGUAUUUAAGAGCAUUUGUUGGAUUGUGAUAAUGAGACCGUAGAUUUGUCUUUUUAUAAAUUACCUAAAACUGCAUUUUCCCAAAUAGCAGAAAAGGAUCCAUCAUAGAAAUGUGGGUGUGUCAGGCGUUUCCUUUUUAAUAGAGAGCAAAGUCCUAGGAAGAAUUCGCCCGAGUUGCUCAAAUUAGCUGUACUCAAAUAACUGCAAGCCAUGUGUACUUUUGAUAUUGCUUCGACUGAUAUUUUAAAAUAUAAUGAAGUAGUGCAGUGUGUUAGCUUUGCACUGUAUUAAAAAAACUAGACCUAAAGAUUACUUGGUGAAACAAGAAAAAGGAUUAAAUUGUAUUGUUUGAAUGGAGAUGCUUAGAAGCGAGAAUAUUUGUGACAAAUGCUAUUAAAAUGUUAUAAACACAACUGCAUGCUUUUCUAGCACGACAAACUAUUCAACAAAUUUGAUUUUAAAUUCUGUAUUUGAAUUACAAAGCACUUCCUAGCCAUCUUAAUAUGCUCUGUAAUUAUUAUGCUGCAAUUCUUUAAAAGGGACUUUUUCAAAAUAUAACUGUACAUAUGUAUUCUAUUAUGUACCUGUGCAUGCAUUGCACAUAAUAACUCUCUCACACACAACUCCUGAAAGGGAAGAUAUUCAUUUUUGCAGAAUAUUUAGCAAGUGGAGCUCUUGAUUAGAAAAAAAAAUGUGUGCUAUCUUUCAGAAAACAUGGUGAGAACUCGCCUUUUGCUAAUUACAUAAGCAUCUGUAGGAUGAGAGAUUUGUAUAAAUGUAAAUUAGUGUAAGUGGAUAAAGUAAUAUUUGAUCAAGUUAUUUUUUUAAAAAUAUGCAACCUUUUGACUAGAACUAAAUUGGUGUUUAAUUUUGUACAUAGUCUUGUCUUAUUUGAACUUGCACCUUUUUUGUGAUGUGUAUUUAUAUAAGUGUGCAGAAACCCUUUUGUGAAGUUGGGAUUCCAGUUGUAGAUUAUGUAUGAUGGAACUAUGUGUAAAAGAUUUGAAAAAAAAGGUGCAAUCAAAGAUCUAGUUUUCUGUCUCUUAAAACAGGCUCUUGUCUUGUACUUAGCUUGGUUCUUCCCUUCUUUCACCUCAUGUGGGUUUGUUGUUGUUGUUUUUUUGGGAAAAAAGCUUAGUUCUUUGUAUUACAUUGCUCAACAAACUCGUAAAAAUAGUCAACUUCUCAGGAGAUACUGGGAGAAAAAGUAUGGAGGAGCACACCUGCAGCAUGAUUGUCUCCACUUCUUUGGAAUUUUGCAGUAUUCUGCCCAAGCCCCUAUAGAAAUGACUGGCAGGUGCUGGGGCCGAACAUUUUUGUAUCAUAUUUAAUGUCAGCAGAUUUUGAAAGAGGGGCAGUAUUGGGGAUUUAUUUUCUAGUUCCGGUUUACAUCUAAAUAGAAUUAAAUUUAUAUUUACUAGACUAUUCAAAGAGGACACUUUUUCUAUAUUGUAAAAAAACAAACAAACAAAUGUCAUAAAUCACAAGGAAAAAAUAAAACGUUUAUACUAUUAUGUUCAAGUGGAAUUCUUUCACGUUUUUCUUUAUUAAUUAGGAAUACUAAACUUACUUACUUAGGUGAUCCUUUGUUGUCCGAAUAUGAUGGCCUUCAGGUGACUGUGGAGCCUUAUUCUUGACCCGCAUGUUCAUCUACAGUGAGGGCACCGGUUUCCAAGUGGAAGGCAAUUCUGGUCAGGGUUGGCUUGAUGCACCUUCCUCUUGGCACGUCAUGCCAGCCACAUGACCUUGGAGGCGUCUAUGGACAACGCAGGCUCUUUGGCUUAGAAAUGGAGAUGAGCUCCAACCCACAGAGUCAGACAUGACCAGACUUAAUGUCAGCGGAAAACCUUUACCUUUAGGCAUUAUCCACAUUUAAUCUUAAAUACUAAGCUUUCUUUUGUAUCAAGCAGAGCAAAUGCCAUUUUAGUUUGAAGUGUAGUGGAUCUGUGGCUUUAGUGGUUUGGGGUUAUUUUGUUAUACCAUUUUCCCAAAAAUAAGACAUCCCCUGAAAAUAAGACCUAGUAGAAGUUUUGCUGAAUUGCUCAAUAUUAGGCCUCCCCCAAAAGUAAGACCUAGCAAAGGUUUUGUUUAGAAGCAUACCCACCAAACAGAACACCAGACCAUGCAGGAUUGGUAACGUACCAUAGACUGUUGUAUAUGGAAAUAAUGGUAGUAACAAGAAAUUCUUGAUAGGAUUCACAAUUUGGUUAUGCUGGUUUAUGAUGACAACUACUGUACAGUAUAUAAUACAUGUUCAAUUUUUUUUUGUUCAACAAUAAAUGUGAAUUCUUCUUCCUGGAAAAAUAAGAUAUCCCCAGAAAAUAAGACGUAGCACAUCUUUGGCAACAAAAAAUAAUAUAAGACACUGUCUUAUUUUCGAGGAAGCACGGUACUGCAUGCCCCUUUAAACUUGCAGCAAAUUGGCAAAUGCUAUUUGACUCAUUGAAAUAAACAAUAGAAGGGACGAGAACCCAUUGCCAUACAUUAUCACUUAGGCCCCUUCUACACUGACAUAUAAAAUCCAGAUUGUCUGCUUUGAUAUGGCAGUGUAGACUCAUAUAAUCCAGCUCAAAGCAGAUUAUCCACUAAUUAUCCACUAUUAUCAGGAGAGAAUGCCAUACAGCCCGGAAAACUCACAACAACCCAGUGAUUCCAGCCAUGAAAGCAUUUGACAACAUGUUGAGGCAAUCUUUGUCAGGGAUGGAGAAAGACCUUGCUGAACUACAGCUCCCACAAUUCCAUAGCAUUGAGACAUGGCUUUUAAAGUGGUAUCAAACUGUGUUAAUCCUUCAAUGUAGAUGCAGCUUUAGAUAACAGUUUUGUUAAUCAUUGACUUCGGCUUAUUAACCAUGAAGUAGGACUUGUUUGAGAGAACAGUACAUACAAGAAAUUUUGGGCAUUUUUGGUAUUAUGAUUAUUAUUUAAUUUAUAUGAAACUAAUGUAAGACACCAAAUAUUGACCACUUUACAUCUUAAUACAAAGUGGCAUGGGAUAUUAGAACAGAAAUAGGUAGGAUACACUCAAAUCAGGUACACUUCUUGCAACAAGAAAAAUAAACCAAACAAAUGCGGGGGGAAAAACCUCCCAAUAAUCACUGACACGUGUCAUCCCAUUCAGUGACUGUCUCUUUCCAAGAGCGGGAGUUGGUUUCGUCCAUCUGUCUCUCUCUCUCCCCCCCCCCCCUUUCUUUCUCUUUUUGGAUCAUUCCAUUGUCUCUAAGCCCCGCCCGUCUGCCACGUUUACUAACCAAUAGGAGGCGAGAAAGAGGGAGGGUUUUCGCGCCAAUUCUGUUUCUUCCCUCUCUCGCGAUAAAACAACCCAUGACACAAAAGAGCCAUUCAAACUGUCCUCCUCAGUUUACCGCCUCUUUUUCUACGCCCGUUUCUCAUUGGCUCUUACGUCUGUUUUCAUUGGUCGGUUCUUGGAAAGGAAGGCCAAUCAAAAUGAAUCCGUCGUUUAAGCCAAUGAGGGAGCGGCACAGUUAGAAGCGAGGCUAGGUCAGGGGAGUUUCUCUGUUCGACUUCCUUUUGCUUGUUUCCUCUGUGGAGAGAGGGCGGUUAAAUGGGAGCGGGCUUCAGAAUCAAAGACCUGGGCUCGGAAACAUGAGGAAUUAAUUUUUCCAUUAACGUGCUACCAGGAAUGUUGGAAUCCCAAAUCCCUCGAGGGAUCAGGAAACUGCCAGUAUAGCAAGGUAACCCAAUGGACCCGUGUGAAACAGCAAGAAUAGUUUAUUGUUAGUUGCAACUAGAAUAUCUAAUUGGCUCUCUGUUCAACUGGUUUUAUGAAUACUCUACUUGAGAUUAACAGGAUUCCAGUCAUUAGGUCACUAAUUUAAAAAUGCACUAUAAAUAAGAUAUGUACAUUGUGAUUAGGAAUUUGUUCAUGUUUUUUUUUUUUCAAACUUAUAGUCCAGCUCCCCAACAGUCUUAAGAUGAGGACCUAGACGAGUGUGUGCACAUGUGUUUCUGGUUUCACGCCCAACCCUCAAAAUUUCAUGUUAAAAAACCUGGUUUACUCAUGAAUUUUAACUAGUUAACCAAAUCCUUAUGCUGAGUCUUUGAUGAUGUAAUCCACCAAAACUGACAUCUGAAUUGGACUUCCCAGAUCAAAUUCUAUAGAAAAAAUUAAGUUUAAAUAAACUUAUGAUAUUGGUUUGUAGAGUUGGCAAGUCUGCUUGACCUUGAGACGGCGCCAGUGCUCAGUUCCCUCAGUUCAGUCCAGGCGUGCAGUGCAGUGCAGUGCAAUGGCUACUCCGCAACAGAAAGCACAGUGUGUUAUUUGGCUUGUGCAAACUGAGUCUGUUAUAACAGUGCAACGUAAUUUUAGACGUCAGUAUGAUAGUGAACCACCCACAGCAAAAACUAUCCGUCAUUGGCUAAAGUCUUUCAAGGAAACUGGUAGUGUUUUAAAAGCAAAAUCGCCAGGUAGACCGAGAACUUCUGAAGAUGUUGUUGAACAAAUCCGUGUUUCAUGUGUUCGGAGCCCAAAUAAGUCAUUUGCCAGACGUAGUCUAGAAUUAGGAGUGCCUAAAGGUACUGUUUAUGAUGUGGUACGUAAAAGACUUCAUUUGCGUGCCUACAAAUUGCAACUGUUACAUGAAAUAAAACCUACUGAUAAAAUCAAAAGGUGUGAGUUUGCUAUUGACUUUCUACACAGAAUUGAUGAUGAUGGCAAUUUUUUGAAAAAUAUUCUAUUUUCUGAUGAAGCUACAUUUCAUGUGAGUGGAACAGUUAAUCGUCAUAACUGCAGAAUUUGGGGGGCAGAGCAUCCACAUGAAGUUAUUCAGCAUCAACCUGACUCUCCCAAAGUUAAUGUUUGGUGCGGUUUGAUGGAAGACCGUGUGAUUGGUCCUUUCAUUUUUGUAGAAGGAACAAUAAAUGGGGACAUUUACUACAAGAUGUUGACAGAGUAUGUCUUUCCCCAAAUGGAAGAUAUUGAGGCAGAAAAGGGGCUUGUGUUUUUCCAACAAGAUGGUGCCCCACCUCAUUACAGUAACCAUGUGCGUGCAGCUCUUGACACUCGCUUUCCGGGAAGGUGGAUAGGCAGGGCUGGCCCAAUCUCUUGGCCACCACGAAGCCCGGACUUAACCCCAAUGGACUUUUUCUUUUGGGGCCACGUAAAAAAUCUUGUGUAUGGUGAAAAGAUCCAAGACAUCAAUCAUUUACAGGAAAGAAUCAUUGCAGCAGUUGGGACAGUUACACCUGAUAUGUUGGUGAAUACGUGGCGAGAACUGGAAUAUCGUCUUGACGUGUGCAGGGCAACAAAUGGAUCCCACGUUGAAGUCUACUAAUACUAAAACAAAACUUGAAGGUACUCUUUUAUUGUAUGUACUCGAUGUAGUUUUUCAUUAUUUUCACCAUUUAAUUUAUACUUAAAACUAGGGAGUUCUUUUUCUAACACCCUGUAUAUCUUUUUAGCUUUAAUUUAUUGUGUUUUCACAAUGUGUAUUUGAAUUUAAAUUGUAUUCUCAGUUAUUGUAAGUUAUUUUAUGAUAUUUUGUGUAGCUCAUUGUGGGUGAACUUUUAUGUAUGUAUAUGUUUCUAGAUUGCACUUUUGUUGCCAUGUAAGCUGCCCUGAGUCUCUUUUGGGAGAUGGUGAUGGGAUAUAAAUAAAAUUAUUAUCAUAGCAA